UCAAUCAUCACUCUUUGCCAAACCAACCCAGAAACUUCAGAUCUUUCCAUACGAUUUAUCAUUCUCGACGAGACCUCGAUAUACGUCUCUCAUCUGCCUUUUCACCAGAGAUUUUAUUGUUGUUGUUACAUCUCUGAAUCAAAUGUUUGCCGAGAAGAAGAAGAAGAAGAAGGAUGUUCAUGUCUUUGCAUUUUCUGUUUUUGCGAUUAUUUGCUUCAAAUUUCACAGUAUAAAUGCUAUCAAUUUACCGCAAGAUGAAGUCGAUGCUCUGCAGCAAAUCGCUACCACAUUGGGCUCGAGGUACUGGAUAUUUGAUCCUAAAGCUUGUAAGGUCGAAAAGGUGGGGCUUACAGAAACUCCUUCUCCGACAGCUAAGCAAGAAGUUGAGUGUGAAUGCAGUCCCAAGGACGAAAAUGAUUGUCAUGUUGUGAAAAUUGCAUUUAAGGAUCAUAAUCUUCCAGGAACUCUUCCUCCUCAAAUAAUUAAGCUUCGCUACCUCCGUGAGAUUGACUUGGCCUACAACUACCUCAAUGGAAGCAUACCUCUUGAAUGGGCUUCAACAAAUUUAACUUUUAUCUCUCUUCUUGUGAAUCGGUUGUCAGGGGAAAUUCCAAAAGAGUUGGCAAACAUUACUUCACUAACAUACUUGGAUCUCGAGUCAAAUGCGUUUUCUGGAACCAUUCCUCAGGAGCUUGGGAACUUAGUAAACUUGCAAACACUGUUGCUUUCCUCCAACAAGUUGACGGGAAACUUGCCAGCUUCAUUAUCUAAACUACAGGAUAUGACAGACUUCAGAAUCAACGAUCUACAGCUCAGUGGAACGAUACCUAGUUACAUACAAAAUUGGACGGAUCUCAAGAGACUCGAAAUGAUUGCAUCUGGUCUCACUGGUCCAAUCCCAUCGGCCAUUUCGGUUCUGAACAAUCUUUCUAAUCUGAGGAUCAGUGACAUAGGCGGACCAGUCCAACCAUUUCCUUCGUUGAAGAACUCUACAGGUUUUUCUAAGAUAAUACUGAAGAAUUGUAACCUUUCUGGAAAAAUUCCUACCUAUCUUUCAGAUUUGCAGAAUCUGGAGACACUGGAUUUGAGUUUUAACAAGUUGGUUGGUGGAAUUCCGACGUUUGCACAGGCAGAAAAGUUACGGUUUAUAAUUUUGGCCGGAAAUAUGCUCGAGGAAGAACCUCCAGAUGAAUUACUAAGGGAUGGAAUCACUUUAGAUCUUUCUUAUAAUAACCUCAAGUGGCAGAGUCCUGAAAGUCGUUCUUGUCGGCCAAACAUGAAUCUGAAUCUAAACUUGUUUCAGAGCACUUCGACAAAAAAAUCGAGCAAGUUUCUUCCGUGCAUCAAUGAUUUCAAAUGUCCUCGAUAUUCUAGCUGCCUCCAUGUGAACUGUGGUGGAAGUGAUCUAACAGUAAAGGAAAAGAAAAGCAAAAUCUUAUAUGAAGGAGAUGGAGAGGCUGAAGGUGGUGCUGCUAAGUAUUUUUUGAAGCCUAAUAAUGCUUAUUGGGGAUUCAGCAGCACAGGGGACUACAUGGACGACAACAAUUUCCAAAACACAAGAUUCUCCGUGUUUGUCCCCUCAUCUAACCUGUCUGAACUAUACAAAACAGCAAGAAUGGCUCCAGUAUCUCUCACUUACUUCCAUGCCUGCUUGGAAAACGGAAAAUACACUGUAAAUCUAGACUUUGCUGAGUUGCGGUUCACAAAUGAUGAAACCUAUAGCCGGCUUGGGAGGCGUGUCUUCGACAUUUACAUUCAGGAGAAAUUAGUGGCCAAGGACUUCAAUAUCAUGGAUGAAGCAAAGGGUGCUCAAAAACCUAUAACCAAAUCAUUUAUGGUCAAUGUGACAAACCACUUUUUAGCCAUCCGGUUGGGUUGGGCCGGUAAAGGAACUACCAGGAUUCCCAAUAGAGGGGUUUACGGUCCUCUCAUAUCGGCUAUUUCCAUACUUUCAGAUUCUAAGCCGUGCACACCCCCUGCAAGUGGAUUGAGCUUGGGAGCAUAUAUUGCAAUUGGAGUUGGAGCCCCAUUUCUUAUUAUCUCUAUACUGGGACUUCUGUGGUUUUGUGGCUGCCUUCCAAGAUGUUGGCAGCGGCGAAAAGAUCCAUAUGAGGAAGAGUUGCCAUCUGGAACUUUUACGUUAAGGCAAAUCAAGUUUGCCACGGAUGACUUCAAUCCGAACAACAAGAUCGGAGAAGGUGGUUUUGGUCCUGUAUUUAAGGGUGUGUUAUCAGAUGGAAGAGUUGUAGCAGUUAAGCAGCUCUCAUCUAAAUCGAGACAAGGGAACCGAGAAUUUCUAAACGAGAUUGGUGCAAUUUCUUGUCUUCAACAUCAAAACCUCGUCAAGCUUCAUGGCUUCUGCGUUGAGCGGGCUCAGCUGUUGCUGGUGUAUGAAUACAUGGAAAAUAACAGCUUAGCACAAGCGCUAUUCAGUCCAAAGCAUAAACAGAUUCCAAUGGACUGGCCUACUAGGUUCAAGAUUUGCUGUGGAAUUGCAAAGGGUCUUGCGUUUCUCCAUGAGGAAUCACCGUUGAAGUUUGUACACAGAGACAUCAAGGCCACAAAUAUUUUGUUGGACAAGGAUUUAAAUCCUAAGAUAUCUGAUUUCGGCUUGGCUAGGCUAGAUGAAGCGGAGAAUACACACAUCAGCACUAAAGUCGCUGGGACAAUAGGAUAUAUGGCACCUGAAUACGCACUGUGGGGUUACCUAACUUUCAAAGCAGAUGUCUACAGCUUUGGUGUUUUGGUUCUAGAGAUCGUCGCUGGCAUCACCAACAGUAAUUUCAUGGCGGCAGGAGAUUCUGUCUGCCUCUUGGAAUUUGCUUCUCAGUGUGAAGAAUCAGGGCACUUGUUGCAAGUUGUUGAUGAGAGAUUGAGGCCAGAAGUGAACAAAGAAGAAGCAGAAGCGGUUAUAAAAGUGGCUCUUGUGUGCACAAGCGCUUCUCCAACAGAUCGACCUAUAAUGUCAGAGGUCGUUGCUAUGCUUGAAGGUCUGUAUCCAGUGCCGGAACCAACCCCAGGAUCAAGCAGGAAGUCAGGGGAUAUAAGGUUUAAGGCGUUUAAAGAUUUAAGGAUGGGCAUGGAGAACAACAGUAAGACACAGUAUUCUGUUAACAGUUAUCCUCCUCCUUCUUCUUCUACUCAUGAAGUUGGACAAGAAAGAAAGAAAGAAUAGUCAAGGACUUGAAGAGAUUUCUAAUUCUUUUCCUCUCUAGUCUUGUAAACUUAUCUGACUAUUAAUCUUGUAAAUUUUUUUUUGAUUUUAUUACACGAUUAGUCAUUUACAGUAGUAUGUAAUCUUUUUUGUAUCUAUGUUAAAGCUUUGGUUA